AUGCAGACGACGCACCAAACGCGCUCUCUUCUCACUCUGAAGAACGACUGUCGUCGUUCUUUUGCGCUUUCCCGAUCGGGAUUCGAGAGGAGGAGAAGACGGACGAUGAUUCAGAGUCCUGGAGCGUUCCUUAAAAAUUGGAAGAAAGAAGAGGAGCAACUCUCGAACGAAUUGGACGAGAAAGGAAACCCGAAAGGCAUGACCGGAAAAGGCAUGUCACAACUCGUGAAAAUGGGCCUCGGCGCCAUCUCUGGAGAUAUCACGGAGAUUAACUUCGACAAAGAGAACGCCUCGAGAGCGGUGGUGAUGGAGUUGGAAGCGAACAACUUGGAAGAUAGCGAAGGAAACCCACUGUCGACGAAAUUUAUGAACAACGACGGGUACACGGAGGAGGAGGACGCGACGACGAAAGGAGGGAUGAUGAACGUGGUCGUGCCGGUCGCGUUGGGGGUGAUUGCGAUUGGCGGUGUCGUCGCGACGUUGAAAGCUCUGGCCUAG